AUGACUGCCCGCCCGAUCCGCCAAAUCCUCCACGCCAUCGAACAGUCCGAAGGCGCCGGCGCGCGCGUCCGCCGCUCCAUCGGCACCCCCUCGCUCCGCAACCUCUCCCCUUUCCUCAUGCUCGACCACUUCACCAUCGGCAAGGGCGCCGGCUUCCCGGACCACCCGCACCGCGGCCAAGAAACCAUCACCUACCUGCUCUCCGGCGGCGUCGACCACGAAGAUUUCGCCGGCAACCGCGGGACCAUCGGCCCGGGGGAUCUGCAAUUCAUGACGGCGGGCCGGGGAAUCAUGCACGCGGAGAUGCCGCACGAGAACGAGGACGGGGCGCCCAACGUCGGCAUGCAGUUGUGGGUGGAUCUGCCGCGGGCGUUGAAGAUGUGCGAGCCGCGGUAUCGCGAUCUGCGGGCGGAGGAGAUCCCCCUCGUGAAGACCGACGAGGGCCGGGUCGAGAUCAAAGUGAUUUCGGGCCAGUCGCACGGGGUGGACUCGGUGAGGGAUUUGGCGUACACGCCUGUCUGGUUGUUGGAUGUGACGAUUCGGCCGGGCGGGACGGUGAGGCAGAUUCUGCCCACGGGGUGGAAUGCGUUUGCGUAUACGUUGGCGGGGACGACGGUGUUUGGAGGUGGUGAGCAGACCAAGGUGGUGGACGAGUUUUAUAAUGUGGUUUUUGAGCAGGAGGGGGAUCUGGUCGAGGCGUUUGUGCCCGAGGGGGAAGGCGCCGGGAAGGAGGCGAGGUUCUUGUUGGUGGCGGGCCAGCCCUUGGAUCAGAAGGUGGUGCAGUAUGGGCCGUUUGUGUUGAACAGUCAAGAGGAGGUGUACCAGGCAUUGAUGGAUUAUCAGACCGGGUCGAAUGGCUUUGAAAAGUCAAGGAAUUGGCAGAGUGAGAUUGGGAAGCGAAUGGCCGCGUGA